AUGGCAAAAGAAUCCAUCUUUGCCGAUGGAGAUGAGAUACGUGCCAUUCGCAACACGGCAAAGCAGGCCAAUAUUAUGGUUAGCAUGGGCUUCUCUGAGAAGGCACGUUUUAGCAGUGCUACUCUGUAUAACUCGAAUCUAUUUAUCGGGGACUCGGGUGAUGUCUUGAUACAUCAUCGAAAGUUGAUGCCUACAUUCUUCGAAAAGCUCAUUUGGGCACCUGGAGAUGGCCACGGUUUACGCGUUGCAGAUACUCCAUAUGGUAAAAUUGGGAACUUGAUAUGUGGAGAAAAUACGAAUCCUCUGGCACGGUACACUCUCAUGGCCCAGGGCGAGAAUAUCCAUUUGUCAACGUGGCCACCUAUCUGGCCAACUCGAGUGCCCCCAGCCGAGUGUAUAGAUGAACCCAAGACCGCGCCAGAGAAGCCCAACUACGAUAAUGUGACAGCCAACCGAACAAGAGCAGCUGCCCAUUGUUUUGAAGCAAAAUGUUAUGGAGUAUUAUGCUCUGGCGUACUGGGCGACGAUGCCAUGGAUAUUGUUUCGGACGGGUCUGCCUAUCUUGCACAAGUGCUGAACCAAUCACAACGCGGUGCGACACAGUUUCUAGACCCUACCGGCGCGCCUAUGAAAGGCUUUACAAUUGAUGGUGACACAGGCGAUAUAAUCGACAUGGAGUUCCUGCAAAGCGAGGAAGGAAUACUGUAUGCGGACCUUGAUCUUGAUAGGUGUAUCGAAGGAAAACAGUACCAUGAUGUGGUUGGUGGAUACCAGCGUUUAGAUGUGUUUGAUCUCAAAGUCGAUCGUACUCGACGGGAGCCGAUAACCUUUACAGAAGACAUUGAUAAUUCGCCAUGA